AUGGCCACCAACAGACUCGUGAACAAAAAUAUCCUCCUGUUAGGUGGAACUUCUGGCAUUGGUUUUGCAACCGCCGAAGCCGCAUUGGCCAACGGAGCCAACAUCACCAUCAGCUCUUCUUCGGAAGAGAAAGUGGCAAGAGCACUUAAGCGUCUGCGCGAAAGCAACCCAAAUCGAUCUUCUGCUAUCCGUACCUACGUUGCUGAUCUCAGUAUCAAAGAAAAGCUGGACACGACAGUCGAAGCCCUCCUCAAAUUUACUGCGGAGAUCUCUCCUAUAGAUCACAUUGUCUUCACUGCUGGAAACAUUCCGCCUCUUGCUUCGUUACCGGAGGCUUCUUUUUCCGAUCUUGAAGCCUUCAUGACCGUCCGAGUUUAUGGGGCUAUAGCCGUCGGCAAACAUGCUUUGAAAUACAUGGCUUUCGGCAAAGAAUCCUCUAUUACUUUAACGAGUGGAACCCAAGCUCGAAAGCCAUCUCACUGGCUUCCACCUGUUGUUGCUGGAUCCGUUGAGGGUCUCAUGAAAGGACUAGCAGUGACACUAUCGCCUGUGCGAGUCAAUGUUGUCUCACCUGGGCGUAUAAUAACGGAGCUCUUGGACCGCAUUCCGAAGGAGAUGCUCAAACAACAGUCAGAAAAGGCUAAAGAUUUGUCCCUCACCAAGGAUGUUGGAUAUCCUGCUGACACUGCCGAAGCUUAUUUGUAUCUGAUGAAGGAUUAUUUCGCUACGGGGUCGGUGGUCACCACUAAUGGUGGAGUUUUAUUAGUCUAG